GCCAUCGUCGAUUGACUGGAACAAGCUUCCUAAGCUCGCCAGUACUCCAGCCUCCACUGCCUGAACUCGCCAGAAAGGCCGUAAUGGCUCAGAAACUCGCUGUUUUUGCAGUCACGUUGGCAUGCCUCGCCGCAGUAGGAUUCGCGCGUCCGGGCAUGCGCACUCAGCUGCAGAAGAUCCACACGAACGACGUGUUCCUGGGCACGUACCAGGGCUCGCUCUACGCUGAGCUGGACCACGUGGACGGCGCCAGCAAGGUCUCAGACGGCUACGCCUACAUGGCAAUCUACAAAAAGGACGACGACUACAACAUCCGCUUCGGCGCCGAGUCCGAGACGAAGGAGCCCGGGGAGCCCACCGCGUUCACCGUCAAUAACGCGGCCGACAAUAGCGUGGUUAUCGACUUGGCCGCAGGGCAAGCGUACAAGAACACCACGUAUGAACUGCGCGUGUUCAAGUUCCUCCAGAAGUACAUCCCCUACGAGUACCGGUUCAAGGGCAAGUGGACCGGGGCCAGCACAGUUACCGUCGGCGCUGGCACUCUCAAGGACGCCAUUGAUGCGAUGAUCCAGACUCCAACAAACUACUACGCGAUUUUCAACACCGCGACGUACCCUGCUGGCUGCGCUAAGGGCGAGUUCGAGUUCAUCAAGCCGUGGUGGAAGCGCUUGUAAGCUUAGGUCUCAACAGGCAGGGGCCAGUGGGUGGUUAUUGUUGGAUGAUGUUGAUUGGUGGGGAGACUAGGUGUGGUUGGUUAGUUUGAUAGAGAAAUGCUGAGUAUAUGUUCACUUACUUGAUGAACCAUUCCCCUACAUUUGUAGAUUGGGGUUUC